AAACAUUACAUAAGGGUUAAAAAACGCAAAAUUGGUGAACCUUGAGACUGGAUUUGUUGGUAGAGCAAGUUAUUGAUGGGCUUGAUAAAGUUGUGAUGACAAUGAAGAAGGUGGAUUUAGGUUUCAAUAAUGAUGGAGAGGGCUGAUUCUAGUAAAAAGCUAUAUUCGCGUCUGCGUCUAUGGGCCUUUACUCAGUUGAGGUUGCUCUGCUUAAUCUAAUAACAAUUUCUUCAACUUGGGCAAGAGUGAUUGAUGUCAUGGACAGCGAGUCAGGUUCAAGAUUGUUUGGGUUCAUUGGUGCUGGUGCCACAGUUGGCCAGCUUUUUGGGUCAUUGUUUGCCACCGGAAUGGCUUCGUUGGGGCCAUUUCUACUCCUAUUUGCUGCUUUGCUAAUGGAAUUUGCUGCACAGUCAUCAAAAGGGAUAAACAAGGAUGUAUCCCAUAAUUCCCAUCUUCCUGAGGAAUUAACUCCCAUCAGGGCCCUUGCAGAUCAGUUGGAAGGCACCAAAGAGGAGGAACAUAAAAAGUAUCGCGGUAUGGUGGUAGAAUAUAUUAUGACUGCUCUGGUGUGGGCCUUCACCCAUGUUGUUCAACCUGGGGAUUGCAUUACAUUGCUUGUGGUUGUUCCUUCACAAGGUUCAGCUUUUCCAGCAACAUCUUCUUCUCUUAUACCUCCUCUAUAG